UAUUCCGAUUUCAGCAGGCUCGCUUCCGUUUCUUCUUCUUCUUUUCGACAAGCACAGCAGAACUAAACGAAGUUUCUUUUCACUGAUGAAAAUUUUAUUAGUGCUUCUUCGUUACGGUAAGAGAAUCGAGUGGCGGCGAAGAGCGAAAACUGCAGAAAAUAUCGGAUCGUGUUUUCGGUUCAGAUCUCGCUGCAGUUAUUAAUGUCGAAGUCCCUUGAAGCCGAUUUCCAGCCUAUUGCUGUCAUUUUCUCAAGUUUCUGGUUUGGUUCUAAGCUGCAACAGCGUAGGAUCUGGUCUAGUUUUGGUGGACUCUGUGAAAGAAGUUCAGCCAGGAGAGCUAUCUCCUUUAUCGACAGAGGAUUCUACCGUAGGUCAUACUUUGGUUCGGUGUCCAUGGGAGCAGAACUUACUCGGGCAAGAGCGGGAGUUGAAACAAUGUUUAGGUCAUCUGCGAAGCCUAGAUCAGUAAAGGCUCAAGCUUCUGAUGAAGGUAUUGAGGAUGGUAUCCCCACCAAGCUUCAAGGAAAAUCUUCUGGAUCAGUUUUUGCCUAUGUUGGUGUUGCUUGUUUAGGAGCUAUUUUGUUUGGGUAUCAUCUAGGUGUUGUGAAUGGGGCACUUGAAUACUUAUCUAAGGAUCUUGGUAUUGCUGAGAAUACUGCGUUACAAGGAUGGAUUGUCAGCACUCUCCUAGCCGGUGCUACUGUUGGUUCAUUCACUGGAGGAACACUGGCUGACAAGUUUGGUAGAACAAGGACUUUUCAACUAGAUGCAAUUCCACUUGCAGUUGGGGCAUUUCUCUGUGCAACAGCCCAGAGUGUACAGACAAUGAUAAUUGGCCGCUUAUUUUCCGGCAUCGGAAUUGGUAUCUCAUCUGCUUUAGUGCCACUUUACAUAUCGGAGAUUUCACCAACCGAAAUUCGUGGUGCUCUUGGAUCUAUCAACCAACUUUUCAUUUGUAUUGGAAUUCUUGCAGCAUUGUUGGCUGGAUUACCAUUAGCACAGAAUCCCCUAUGGUGGAGGACAAUGUUCGGGAUUGCAGUUGUUCCUUCUGUUCUGAUGGCUCUGGGGAUGUCUUUUUCUCCAGAAAGUCCCAGGUGGCUUUUCCAGCAAGGGAAAACUUCUCAAGCUGAGAUGGCUAUAAGGACACUCUUUGGAAAAGAAAAAAUUGCUGAUGUCAUGCAUGAUUUAAGAGAAAGUAAUCAGAGUUCCACAGAGCCAGAGGCUGGGUGGUUUGACCUCUUUAGUAGUCGUUAUUGGAAAGUUGUGAGCGUGGGUUUAGCACUUUUCUUUUUUCAACAAUUAGCUGGAAUAAAUGCUGUGGUAUAUUACUCCACUUCUGUGUUCCGCAGCGCUGGGAUUGCAUCUGAUGUUGCAGCAAGUGCUUUGGUUGGGGCAUCAAAUGUUUUUGGCACUGUUAUUGCAUCUUCCUUAAUGGACAGGCAAGGAAGAAAGAGUCUCUUGAUUACAAGCUUUCUUGGAAUGGCUUCUUCAAUGUUGCUACUCUCAUUCUCCUUCACUUGGAAGGUGUUGGCACCAUAUUCUGGGACACUUGCUGUUCUGGGUACAGUCCUCUACGUAUUGUCCUUUUCACUGGGUGCGGGACCUGUGCCAGCUCUUCUUCUUCCAGAGAUAUUUGCCUCUAGAAUAAGAGCAAAAGCAGUUGCCUUGUCUUUGGGCAUGCACUGGGUUUCCAACUUUGUCAUUGGCUUGUAUUUCUUGAGUGUUGUAAACAAGUAUGGGAUCAACACCGUCUAUUUGGGAUUUGCAACUGUCUGUGCUCUAGCUGUUUUGUACAUAGCUGCCAACGUUGUGGAAACCAAGGGGAGAUCACUGGAGGAAAUUGAGCGUGCUCUUAACCCUGCAGUCUAAUCUGUACAAUAGCUGGAAGCAAAGGUAGUAAACAAGACUUGUGAGACUUGCCCUACAUGGGAGGUGAAACUUUUCUAUGGUGGAAAAAAGUGCAUAGCAUCAGAUGAGACUUGAUUAGCGAUUUCCAUGUUCAGCUUUUUCUUUUCUUAAGAUGAACGUUUCCUAGACUUUAGUGAAAUCUCUGUCCAAACGUUUCAGAUAUGCUGUUUGUGCAGUAACAUUGUUCUGUUUGUUUUAAAGGAUUAUAAUAUUGUAUCGUUGUAUAGCAACUGGAAUGUGCGUAGCUAAGAGAAAUAAGAAAUGCAUGUAAUUUUGGAUUAUUAGCCAA